AUGCGGGGCUCGUCGAAAUCGACUGCGGUUUUGGGCCUGCCUUUCCCCUCGCCCGCGGGCAGCAGGGCUGCUUUAUGCACUGCCUCUUCCUCACGCAUUUCGUCCCGGCGUCGCCACUACGCCGUUAAAUCCAAGAAUUUCGAGCGCAAGGAGGCACGCUACGACUUCUCCGAGAUCACGAAUCGCGUGUGGCCGCGGCACCCUCCGCCGCAGAUCGAUUACCGCAACUACGUCCCUGCCGAGGAGGAAGAUGAAGAAGAUGAUUGGAAGCCCGAGGAGGAUUAUCCUGAGCCCACCUUCACCGCCGAUCAAACUUCCGAUCAAUACAUUUACCCCGUAAUCACGCCCCAGACCGUGCCGGUCAAGAUCGACAGCCGAACGGGCGCAUUCCUGGGCACGGGCCGCAGGAAGGCCGCCAUUGCACGAGCGGCACUGGUCAGCGGGCAGGGCAAGAUCACCAUCAAUGGACGAUCCUUCCUUGACUACUUCCCCUGCUUCUUCGAGCGCGGCGCUGUGCUUGCGCCAUUCGUGGCCAUCGAGAGGCCCAACACGUUCGACGUGAACGUGAAUGUCUCCGGAGGUGGCACCAAGGGCCAAGCCGAGGCCAUCCAGCUGGGCAUUGCCAGGGCUCUGCAGAGCUACAACCUCGCCUUCCGCCCCGCUUUGAAGAAAGCCGGAUGUCUGGAGCGUGAUCCUCGUGUUGUGGAAAGCAAGAAGGCCGGUCGCGUCAAGGCCAGGAAGAGGCCUCAGUGGUCCAAGCGUUAA